AUGGACAGCGCACACAUGUCCCGAAGCCGAAUGGACGAGCCAGAUGCCGCCGCCGCACCGGCUAGCAUCCAUCCUGCCGCAGACCCCACGCAGGCCAAUGUCGAGGCUCAGAAACCGUCUCGUGAGCAGGUCAUCGGCGCCAUGUCUCCAGGGCCGGCACCGGGUCUUGGGUCUGGGCCUGGGCCUUCCUUCGACGAACCACCACCACCACCACCAUCUGCGCAACGUCCAACCGUCCUGGCAGCGGCUCCAAUUCGGGCUCCUGGCUCAGCUUCUGCUCAACAACAGUCUGCCCUCUGGUUCCCUCAAUUCGUCGCUCCCUCGUCCUAUCUCCGUUUUAAGACAUCACACGGCAGCGCCAUGGCACCACCUCCCGAGCCGACCCCAAAUCCGAGCCCGCCGAGCCCGCUCGACAAGGAACAAAGACAAGGACUGAAAGCGAUUCGCGAUUUCCUCAAAGUCCGGACCAGUUACGAUGUCCUCCCUCUGUCUUUCCGUCUGAUUGUCUUGGACACAGAGCUUCUCAUCAAAAAGACGCUGAAUAUUCUGAUACAAAACUCAAUCGUCUCGGCACCUUUGUGGGAUUCGCAGCGCGGUCGCUUUGCCGGGAUAUUGACAGCCACCGAUUAUAUAAAUGUUAUCCAGUAUUACUGCCAGUUUCCAGACGAGAUCAGCAAGCUCGACCAAUUUCGGUUGAGUAGCCUGCGAGACAUUGAAAAGGCCAUUGGCGCCAUCCCUAUCGAGACGGUAUCUGUUCAUCCCUCUCAACCACUUUACGAGGCAUGUCGGCGCAUGCUUAAGACCCGUGCACGACGUAUUCCGCUAGUCGACGUGGAUGAUGAAACAGGCAGGGAGACGGUCAUCUCCGUCAUCACGCAAUAUCGAAUCCUAAAAUUCAUCGCCGUCAACAACGAGCACAACACUGUCAUGCUGAAAAAGACGGUUCGCGAGAUUGGACUGGGCACCUACGCCAACCUGGCAACUAUGCACAUGGAUGAUACGGUUUUGGAUGCUAUCCACAUGAUGGUUGACCAAAACAUCAGCUGCGUUCCCAUUGUGGACUCUGAAAAUCGGGUACUCAAUGCCUUUGAAGCAGUGGAUGUUAUUCCGUGCAUUCGCGGAGGCGCAUACGAAGAACUAGACGGGACAAUUGGCGAGGCUCUUUGCAAACGACCCGACGACAGCCCUGGCAUCUAUACAUGCAGCGAAGGGGAUCGACUGGACUCGCUCUUUGACACCAUCCGAAAAAGUAGGGUUCACAGACUGAUUGUCAUCGACGAUGACAACAAACUGAAAGGUGUCAUAUCGCUUUCGGACAUCUUAAAGUAUGUUUUGCUUCACGGGGAAGAGAGCACUUAA